UACUUACAAGAUAAAUACACCACGAGCCAAUUUCUUCCUCAAAAAAUUAUUGAGUUAAAAAUAAUAUAACUAUCUAUUUGUAAAUUAUUUUUGGGGCCUGGUUUAAUUUUCGUAACCAGUUGUUGGGGAGGUUGAGUCCAUUUGGUUGCGUUUGGGUGCGGUGGAGAAAAAUGGCUGAAGAAGAAGGAGCGACCUGAGAGUUUUGUUCUCACCUGUUUACCACCGAAGGAACGCCCCUUUCUACAUUUCCUCCCACAAGGGGUUCUGAUGUGAAAAGCCAGACAAGAUGAGCGGACGAAGCUCCGAUACGGCGCCGCUUGCGCGAAAGCGGAAGCUCUCGGACUCCCAAGACAAUACUGUGAUGAGCAAAUGUGUCCAGGAGAAACGAAGACGGGAACAGGAAAAGAUGUACAUAGAAGAGCUGGCUGAACUCAUCUCCUCCAACAUGGAAAACCUCAUGACCAUUAAAGCAGACAAAUGUGCCAUUCUACAGGAGGCAGUCAAACAGAUCAAGGCUUUGCGACAUCAAGAGGAAUCAGCAGCAAGAGAAGCAGUGCAGCAGUCUGAUGUGUCAUCAAGUGGCCAGUCUCUUCUGCCCAGUAAUGUGCUGGGCAAUCUACUCUUAGAGGCGCUGAAUGGCUUCCUGUUUGUGGUGAACAGCCAGGGCAAGUUGGAGUUCAUCUCUAACAAUGUGCAGAACUACCUGAGCUACACACAUGAUGAACUGAUGGGCUCCAGUGUGUAUAACAUCAUCCAUGUGGGAGACCACACCCAGUUUGUCAACUGUCUACUCCCCAUGUCACUCGGUAAUGGCGUGGGUUGGGGAGCGGACGCCACGGGAAAGAAGUGUCGUUCGUUCCAGUGUCGCAUGAUGGUGAAGCUGGAACCAGAAGAAGACAUGGAGAAACAUCGCACACAGACGCCACAGUACAAGACCAUGCAGUGCUCUGCUGUCUACCAUCCACACCCCACUAAAGGGAAAACUGAGGACGGCAAUGAUGUUCCAGAAGCAUGUCUGGUAUGCAUUGCCAGUAAAGUAGCGGAAUCAACCGACGUAGAGGCAGUCAUGCCGCUAGAACAGUUCUCCACGCGACAGGACAUCAACGGUAAAAUCCUCGCGGUGGACACCAGCGGGCUCAGCACGUCCGUACCGCACGGGGAAAUCGUGCGGCGCUGUCUCACGGAGCUGUACAAGGACUGCGAAGCCUGGGUCAUGUCCAAACACCACAAAGAAGUAAUGGCGUGUGGCACGGCUACAAGUCAGAUCUACAAGUUCCAGCUCCCGGGAGGUAACUGGGUCCACGCACAGACCAAGAGCAAGUUGUUCCGAAACCCUGAGACCAAGGAGCCACAGUACAUCAUGUCUAUGUACUCUCUCAUCAGAGACAGCAAUGUUCCCAAUGUGCCUGUGCAAGGGACCAUGACUGACUGCAUCCUUCAGUCCAUCCUGGGUUCCUCCAGUUACAUCCCUGGACUGUCCUCCACAUCCCAACCGUCUGUUACCAUGCCGACCAACACCAGCAGCCAAACCAUCAGCAACCUGCUCAGUGCUAUGUCAGGUAAAGCUAUGAGUGAGGUUGUGGAAAGCGACAAGCCGCCCCAGUCUAAACUGAUGCUACAGAUGCUGAUGAAGUCACCCAAGGGUUCUGAGCAGACCCAGCCAAUCACGUCCUGCACAGAAGACGUCAUUGCCACGGAGACGGUGGAACGUCCGAAACCCACAUGCACAGCCUCCGUCGCACCUUCGUCCCCUCCCGUACUAGAGAAGGAACCAGCCCCAGUGGAGGAGGAGGAGAAGAAGGAAGAGGAAGAAAAGUCACCAAAGAGCGUUGAAGUGCCUACGUCAGGUCCGGAGAAGACAGCGACAACGACGGAGAGCAGCCCGCCGAAGUCUAGUCCCGCCGGGAGCUCGCUCACCGUGUGGAGCAACCUCUUCAAGGGCCACCUGCCGCUGUCCAGCCAGCAGGAGAUGGUGGUGGGCGUGCUGCACCAGCUUCAUUCACGCAUGCGGAACGUGGACAAAAUGAAGCAGCAGCAGCAGCAGGAGUCCCUGGCGUCCAUGUCCAGGAAGUCUCACGACAUCUCGCGCCACCCCCGCCUGCACAGACUGCUCACCCAGGAGCUGAGCAGACCGGGUUCUUGUGCUGACCUCUCCAUGUUUGAGAGCGAAACGGUAUCCAGCUCUUGUGGGGACAUCCCCAACGAGGUGUUCACGAGGGAAGACAGUCGGGAGUCCGAGUCAAACGACAGCCGCGGUGGUGGGGACGCAACUCUCCUCCACAAGCUGCUGGAAACCAGACCAUCCAUGCCAAGCCCAGAGUUGGAGAUCCCCACAACGUCUCUAGCCAGUGGCACAACUACCACCACCACGGUUACAACGCAGUCUGUGUCGACUAUUGCCAGCCCUGCGGCUACCAUGUCCACUUGGAGCACAGCACGGUCGGGACAGCAAGUUGCUGUCGUGCUGCCCGAGCAGCGCCAUCCUCAGAUGGACAGCUGGCAGCAGGAGAAAGAACACAGCAAACCUAACAGGGAGAAGGCUGGCCCACACAAGCCCAUGCUCAUGGGAAAGAACUCCUUCUCAGAGGAGCAGAACGUUUCUGUAGACAGCACAAGUUGUGACGGCAUGUCGAAAAACGUGUCGAAAACGGGGAAGACCGUUGCCGGACACACAGCGAGCAAAGGGAAAGGACUUCAAAUGACAGCGCCGAACAGUAGACAACAUGGUGAAAUGUCGGGGGCCCUGAGGCCGCCCAACUGUCCAAACGUGAGCCCAACAGGUCUGGUUCCAUCCGCCAAGGGAGUGGAGCCGACUGUUCAAAGCUUGAAUCAAGGCAAUACAGCAACUCCGGUCGGUGAGGAUGAAUUGACAGAUGCUGCAUUAGAGACGCCAUUGCUACGACAGCUGCUUAGUACUGACAAGCGAGGUGAGAAUGACUCCGGACUGAGCCCUGAGGAGAGAGAAAGACAGCGGAAGGAAAUACUUCUUGAGAAAAUGCUCAAAGAUGAUGACUCUCCGAAGACCGGGGCUACCCUACCUGGUCAGCAAGCCACCGUCAGGAUGGCUGACAGCACAAGCACAAACGAAGAUCUAGAGAAGAAGGAGAAACAAGAGCAAGUCAAUAAAAUCUUACAGAAUCUCCUAGCUGCUACCGGCAGUGCCCCACUAGACACCAUGCCAAGCAACGUAGCGGAUUGGGACGACGAAGCUCUUCUCGAUCUUAUAAAACAGGAGGGCGACAGCCUACUGAACAGUAUACAGGGUGGUGGUACGGGUAGAGGUGCGGGUACGGAUGUCACGUCGACGCAAGACACCAUGCAGUUCCACACGGCUGGUGGAAACGUCGGGCAUGUGUCCAUCAUGCCGUCUUCGUUCCCUCAAGCCGCUCUCCCAAUCACCGCCACCGCGGGCGCCAACUUAAACCUCGGCAUACUCGGCGCCUCCAACACCCCCCAAAGACUCAACCCUGACCCGCCAGGUUCGAAAGGACUCAACAACAUGGGCGCUCCGGCAAGCGCGGGAAGUCUACAGAACAGCGAACAGGUCAUCGCCGAGUUGGAGAGCCUUCUCGGUCUCCAAGGAAACAACAGUCUUCUUGGGACGCAGCAAAAUCCGGGAGUGAAUCGCUUUAACCAAAUGGGCAGUUCCGUCAUGGGGUGGUCCGAGCCUCCGCAAGGCGGCGACCUCGUCGCCCAGCUAGAAAGCGUACUGAAGAGCGACAGUUCUAUUCUGUGUGAAAUCGAUCAGCUGCUUGGUAUCGCGCCAUCGGGCGGCGGUGUCCCAAUGACACCCGGGACAGAAAGCGGAGACUUCUCCAUGUUGGAUGGCGGAAUGGACGGUUUGCAGUCCUUCCCACAGUUGGGUCCAGGUAGUGACAUGGGUGUCGGCCAGCCUGUCGUUGGACCAGGGAUGGUCGGUCAGGACCAGGAUCCCACCCAGAUCCCCCUGUCUCCUGUCAGAGGCCUGCCACCCAAGCAAAUGCCAAACAUGGGCAUGCAGCCAAACAGAAGUCUGACCCAGGGCCAACCCAAGGUACCCAACACAACCUCAUUCCCUGCUGGUGCCAGUCGACCCAGCAUGCCACAGCAGCAGGCAAUGGCGAUGGCCAGGAACCAGGUAAUGAGCAACAGUCGUCCAAUGAUGCCUCACACGCAGCAGCAGCUGUACAACAUGCUGCAGAGGAGACAGUCACAGCUGCUGCUGCAGCAGAGACAGCUGCAGGCCCGGCUGGCCGCAGCAGGCGGGAACUAUCGCCUCCCCAACCUCAGUAACGAACAGCGCCUGCAGUUACAGAGGAUCCAGUUACAGAGGAGGCAGGCACUGGCACAAGUACAGGCUCAGGCACAGGGAAUGGCAUCCAAUUCGUCAGCGGCUUCACACAUGGCCGGUCGUCCCAACAACCCCCUGAACUUCCCCACCGGUGGGGGCGGAGUCAACUUUCCCCAGGGGGGUGGGGCAGGCAUGAACAUGGCCCAGCCUGGCAACGCCAUCAAUGUGCAACAGGCAGGGGGGGUUAACAUCCCCCAGGGUGGGGGUAUCAACCGUCCCCAGGGUGCAAAUACUGCCCUGAACUUCCCCCAGGGUGUUAAUAGCAGCAUGAACCAUCCCCAGGGUGGUAGUGGUGGUAUUAACCUCCCCCAGGGGGUAAACGCAGGCAUUAACCACUCGCAGGGCGUUAAUAACAGCAUUAACCACCCGCAGGGUGUCCAGAGCAACAUGAGCUCACAGAGCUCAGUCUUCCCAUCACAACAAGGUGGCAACAUCAACCAAGGUUUUCAAGCGAGAGCGGCCAUGUCAGGGCAGCCCCCUCAGCAGCUGCGUGCCCGCAUGGUACGGCCCGCAAACCUGUCAAUCAACCAGCAGAUGAUGGGUUCCAACAUCCGGGGUCAGAACGGGGGAGGCAUGAUGUCGCCCAACGCCAUGACAUCAUUGGUCAGCAUGACCCCUGGUCCCAUCGUGUCGCCCAAUCAGGUGGCUCCGCCCAACCAAAUCUCGCCGUCGGCUCAACUGAUGCCGCCCAAAACGAUGUCAAUGCAGUCGACCAAUCCGAUGCCGGGAAACCAAAUGGGGCCGCCCUUGAUGUCGCCCAACCAGAUGACCCCAAGGUCAAGGACACCAUCCAGCCCGGGGAUGACAUCACCCAACCUGAUGACAUCACCGAACCAGAUGGUGCCACCCAAUCAGAUGGCAGGAAAUCCUGUGACAUCACAGGGGGGAAUGGUUUCUUCUAUGACACCUCGGAUGCCUUAUCGACAGAUGGGCCCUACGGGGAGUUCCAUGAUGAAACAGCAUCCAUCCAACAUGCACACCAUCCAGCAAGGUGGAUUUUCAGGCCCACAUCAGUCCCAGAUGGGCGGCCCGGUAUCCCAGAAUGCCUUGCCGGUACCCAGGAUGCAGCAGCGUUCUGCGAUGGGACAGCCCCGGAUGGGUCAGACAGCCAUGCCCGGGCUGGCACAGCUGUCCCCCAGGCGCGCUCAGGUUGCACAGGGGGUGGCCUUCUCUGUGCAAGAUAGGAACCAGGACUUUCCACUGAAUAACCAGAUGAAUCAGGGGAAUGCUGGUGGAAUGGCACAGUCUCCUUUCAACCAGCUCUUGUCCCCAACAUCCUCUGGUCCCGGACAGCUCUUGUCCCCGACGUCCUCUGGUCAGCUCUUGUCCCCAGUGUCCACUGGUCCUGGUCAGCUCUUGUCCCCGGUAUCUUCUGGUCCUGGUCAGCUCUUGUCCCCAGUGUCUUCAGUACCCCCCAGACCCAACUUUAUGCCAUCUGCUGUUACAUCAAGCAGCAGCCAGAUGCAGUCAUAUGCUGGUGGCAGAGCGGGACUGUCCCUCCCGACCAGUGCAGGACUGAUGAGUCCCCUGGGGGGACCAGCCAAGAGCCAGUUUGGGGCGGAAGCCCUCAGGGACUCGGGCGGGGCCCUGGGCCCGACGUCUGAUUCAGGUAGCUCUCUUGGUGAAUCAGGAUGCUCACAAAGUGACUUGAAGGAGGUGGUAAGAAGCAGUAGUGGUGGAAAUGGAGGCAACGAUGCAAUGAAGCAGCAAACCAGCUCUUCGGACAGCGAGAAAGAGAACAGCUUACUGCUGAAACUACUAAUGGAUUAGCUGUCUGAUCUAUGGAACAGCACCUAAUCCUCUUCAUGUGCAUUUUAUCAACUCUACACCCACAUAAUGCACAGAAUACAAAAUAUUGCCGCUAGCAAUAUGUAUUAAUUAAUUGACUAGUUGAAUAGUGUCGACAUAAUUGUUGUAAAGGAAAGAAGUUGAACAUACAUGCUCUAACUCUUUGUGUAAUUAUUUUUAAUUUCUGAUAUUGUUUAACAAACUUAAAAGUUAAAAGAUGCUGCAGAAAGUUACAAGAGACUAGUGACUUAGGGUCUAACCCUAUUGUAUUAUACAGGCUUAAAAACUACAACUUUCACAGUACAAUAAUUAUUUCCAUGUAGAUGGAGUGGUGAUACUAAAACUUAAAGCAUCCAUUCAAUGUAAAAGACGCACAUGUAAAAUGUACAGGUACAUGUAGGAAUGACCUACAGGAAGUGAUAGCUUGACCUACAGGAAGUAAAAUGAACAAGAUGACCUACAGGAACUAAACCUCGGAAGUGAAAAUGACUUUAUGAAAGACUUGCUUGCUUUGAAACGAAAUUGUUAAGUGUGGUUAAUUGGAAACUGAUGGAAGGAAUCAAUGUUGGGAUAACGAGUCAUUCCAACGUUUGAUUAUGGAAAAUGCCUUGUACAAGAAUACAUUCACUAACUAUUAUAUCAAAACAUAAUACAGUAAUAGCAACGUUGACUAAAGUAUAAGCACAAUUUACAGAUAUGACACAGGAAGAUUUUAAAAGAAACUUGAAUAUCAUCAACUAAAGGUAUUAUAUGGCAGAACACAGAUUUUUUAGCAGGGUCCCCAAUUUAUGUUUCUUUGUUUUCUAAAUUCUAAAACUUUGAGGCCUGCUCUAGAUUGGUCUAGUAGAAGGUAACUCAAUUAUCCUGACAUCAAGACUCUUCAUUUUAGAAUUUCAAUGGACUUAACUAAAAUGUCAAAACUUAUAACAUACAUAUUAGACGAGACCAUGAAAUCUCGUAGGCUGGGGCCAAAUACAAAUUUAAUGAUAACUUCCAAAAUAAAAUGGUACCAGCUGUAGUAAAAAGUAAUCUCUAUUUCUAUGAAAACAUACUAUAG